AUGCCCUCGCUGCCAUUCACGUUGACGGCGGGCGUUCGCACCAGCGACAAAGUGUACAUCGCGCCCUCCGGAGUGCAGAAGGAGCGGAUCCAGCCGACACACAUCUUCGUCCUUCCAUAUCCGCAAUCACUAACGCCAGACAACGAUCGGCGGUUCCUCCGCAGGCCCACCGCGACACUCAAGGAGUCCGCCUGCACCCCGCUCUUCUGGAACGCCUUUGACCUGCGAUCUGCGGGAAGCUGCAUCCACACGCACUCCCAAAACGCCGUGCUCGCCACGCUUCUCUGGACAGGACCCGUGUUCAAGAUUUCUCAUCAGAUGAUCAAGGGUGUUCGGAUCGGCGGCACUGGACAAGCGCUGUCGUACCUCGACACGCUCGAAGUCCCCAUCAUCGAGAACACUCCAAACGAGGAGGAUCUCAAGGACAGCAUGGCCGAAGCCAUGAUCAAAUACCCCGCUGCCGCGGGGGUCCUCGUCCGCUGUCACGGCGUGUAUGUGUGGGGCAACGACUGGGAAAAGGCCAAGACGCAGACCGAGUGCCUCGAUUACCUGUUCGAGAUUGCGGUCAAGAUGAAGCUGGCUGGUCUGCCCGUGCUGCAAGGAGAAAAUGCCGUUACCGCGUAAUGUGCACGUCGAUACAUGAUAUUAGAGGAAAAUAUAGGAAUUGUAUUCUCUCAU